AUGGACAGUUUGCCAUCGACCAUUAGAAGCAUCGUUCCGAAUUCCAAAACUGAGUUACAAUUAGAAAACUUGAAACUUGAUCUUAAAAUUCGAACUGCCGUUUCGUGUCAACUCCAUGAAUGCAUUGAUUUGAUUUUCUCGGGAAACGUUAGCAGUUGCUUGCAGUACGCGGAGGAUAUUAUCUCAUAUACAUGGGAGAAAUUAAACACAGGUCACUGGAAAGAUGUGGAUAUUAAGUGGCGUCAUCUGUACUCGUACGCUUCACUUUUGAAGUGCAUGGCAGUUCUGGCCGGAGAACCGUUUGAAAAUGAAACCACUUGUGCACAGAAGAGUGACACGCUUAAGCCAACGCGCGUCAAGUAUGAGGUAGCGAUCAGAACAUGCGACAUGGGGUUACUGAUGGGGGCACCCAUCUUGGAUAAUAUCCUCAGUCGCUUAGCAACAAUAAUUCAUCAACUGCAAUGUCAUGGAAAGGAAAAAGAAAAAGACGAAAAGGAUAAAAAAAUUGAUGAGCUACAACCACAUCCAGGGAAGAAACCCAAACUUUGUAACAUUCCAACGAUCAACAAAGACAAUGCUGUCAACAGAUGUGUCAAUCCUUCAUUAGAAACGUUUAGGGAGUACAUGACCAAAGGAGUGCCUGUUAUUAUUCAAGGUGCCAUGGAACAUUGGCCAGCAAGCAGUACAAGGAAAUGGAGUAUAGAUUACAUUUGUCAGAUUGCCGGUUCCCGUACAGUACCCGUGGAGCUUGGUGCACGUUACACAGAUGAGAGUUGGUCGCAAAAAUUAAUGACGAUAUCAGAAUUUAUAGAUCAUUACAUUGAACGCAAGAAUUACAAUGAGGACACCAUAGGCUAUUUGGCUCAACACCAACUGUUUGAUCAGAUACCCGAAUUAAAGAAGGACAUUUGUAUCCCGGACUACUGCUGCCUUGGUGAUGAAGAUGAGAUUGAUAUCAAUGCAUGGUUUGGACCAAUGGGAACCGUAUCUCCAUUACAUCACGAUCCAAAGCACAAUUGUCUGUGUCAGGUUGUUGGUUGUAAAUAUAUCAGACUUUACUCCAGUAAUGUAAGUGAAGGACUGUAUCCUCACGGAGGACGUCUACUGGAUAACACAAGCCAGGUUGAUGCCGAAAACCCUGAUUUGAUUCGAUUCCCGUUAUUUGCCACAACACCAUAUAUGGAUUGCAUAUUACAGCCCGGCGAAAUGUUAUACAUACCACCAAAAUAUUGGCACUACAUACGAUCUUUGGAUGUCAGUUUCUCUGUCAGUUUCUGGUGGCAAUGAUGGCAUAAAAACUUACCAAGAUAUUAACACAACAUACGAUCACUGGAUGCCAGUUUCUCUGUCAGUUUCUGGUGGCAAUGAUGGCAUAACAAUUUAUCAAGAUAUUAACACGACAUAGGAUCACUGGAUGUCAGUUUCUCUGUCAGCUUCUGGUGGCAACGAUGGCAUAAAAAGUCACCA